UGCCUCUCGCGCGUUAGGAGGCGCCGAAACUUUCCGUGUUCUGUAACGUUCUGUGUCUGUGAUGAUGUAAUUCGUGAUGGACUGUGAGUGACGGUGUUAGAUAUGGCUAUCGAAUGCAGAUUGGUGACCGCAAAGUUUUGUAAUACUCAGGAUUUUCUUUGAACAUCACCCACAUCAGCAUGCUGCUCAUCGGCUACCUCUGGCUCCUUCUCUGCUACGCACAGAACGCGCGGAGCAACCUGCUGGAAGACUACGAGGGUAUCUCCCGGCACUUCUUACUGCCUGAGACGAGGGUCGGCGAGCCUUUGCCAGUGGAGCUGGGGGUAGACAGAUACUCCGGGUGCAUCUGCCGAGCUAGCCGGGACAGGCAGCUGGUCGUUUGCUUUGGGAACUAUGAGUGCAGGAGAUUUCCUCAGGUAAAAUUGCGAAGUGAAAUCUUACGAGUGAGAACAACAGUGAUGCUCAAAAUAUUGAGAGGACAACUUAAUAAUCUUCAGUACUUAAAAAUACUAGAAAUAGAGGCGAAUCACAAAUUGCAAUACCUUGAGCCAGGAAUUUUCGAGAAUUUGAAGAAUCUUGAACACCUGUCAAUAUCCUACAACACUCAACUUUGCUCUAUCAACGAGCGACUCUUCGAAGGACUUACCAACCUACGGAACUUAACGUUGGUCAACAAUGGAUUCCACAACAUUUUGGCGCUGACACCAGCAUUCAGACCCAGUAUCCUGCCCUCACUUCGAUGGCUUGAUGUAUCAGAAAAUCCUUUAGAAGUAAUUCCUGAAAACGCUUUUUAUCCAAUGAGUGGAACUUUAUUAAGGAAACUCGAUGUUAAUUUAUGUAGACUGGAUGAGAUUCAUCCAAAUAGCUUCAACAUUUUGAAGAAUUUGAAAGAAUUGCACUUAGGAGACAAUGAUUUGAACGCAACCCUAAUUGGAGACUUUUUGAUUAGAAUGAUAGAAGUUGGCAUUAAUUUAACCAAUUUAGAUUUAUCAGGGAUGGGUUUUCGUAAACAACCACCCAGAGAACUGAUGAAAAUAAUUGCCAAGAGCACAGUAAAGAGCUUAGUGCUAUCUCAAAAUCAAUUUGAAAUAAUACACGAUGAUACUUUUCCUAAGAUGGUUAAUAUAGAACUUUUGGAUUUAAGGAAAGUGUUGUGUAUUUCGAUUGGAGGAAACGCUUUUAAUCCUACUAAGUUCCCGAAUCUUAAAGUUUUACUGUUAGGUGGUAACAAUCUACCAGGCAUUCAUAGUAAACAUUUAUCAGACCAGCUUCUGCUGUUAGAUAUAUCUUCAAAUAAAGGUAAUCCUGCAAAUCCAGUGUAUUACGAAAUAGACAGAGAUACAUUUUUACAAUGCAAAGAACUGAGAAUAUUAAAUUUAUCUUUCAAUCGGAUCAAAUCUAUAUUUGACUAUACUUUCACCGGUCUAGUUAAUCUGAGAAUGUUAAGCUUAGAAAACGGUACGAUAUAUCACAUAGGAGAUGGCACCUUUAAAAGUAUGAAAAAAUUAGAAGUCCUCAACUUGGCUAACAACCCUUUAACGGCUAACGAAAACUUGACAAGCUCUCAAUACGAAGGGCUAAAUGAGUUAAAAAUCCUAAACAUGCAAAAUUGUGGCAUAAGACAUUUUUAUGAAGACGACAAUAUUUUCGAAACGAUGCCAAAUUUAACACAUUUGAUACUAAAAAACAAUCUCCUGUAUUUUAUUACAGCUGAAACCUUAAAGCCGUUGAAGUUGUUGACAGUUUUAGAUCUCAGUGAAAACCUUCUAGUAUCCUGGUGGAGGCCUUUAUUCUUAGAGGCGGGAGUAAAGCCCCUGAAAUUGUAUUUUACUAACAAUAAAAUCUCUCAUUUUUCAAUAAGUAUGAUUCAAGAUCUUAGCUAUUUAUUAGAGACUAGAAACAAUGAAACUGUAGAAAUAGAUUUUAUGGAUAAUGUAUUUUUAUGUGAUUGUAGUGCAAUGUACAAAACUUAUUUAUGGCUUCAGGCCAACGGAACCACUAGUCUUAAGAAUUUCUUUGACCACUCCAAAUUCCAAUGCAGCAGUCCAGACCUUUGGGAAGACCGGAGAGUGGCCGAGUACCUGUCGUCUAUCAGAAACUUGCGGUGCCUCGUCUACCACCAAAUCUCCAAUUUAAUGGUUCUGGUCUGGACUGCUCCAUCUUUGGUUUCAAUUAUGUUAGUUGCGAUUGUAAUUAUAAUUUUGUAUAAGUAUCGAAUUUAUAUCAGGUACUGGAUUUUUUUGGCAAAACUUGCUCUAGGUAGAAAUUUAAUUAAAAAAUCCUUAACAGCCUCUCAAAGUAUUCCUAGAGGGUAUAAAUUCGACGCUUUUGUAUCAUAUUGUAAUGAAGAUAGAGAAUUCGUUUCCGAGAUGUUGGUACAGCUAGAGUCACACCCGUCUAAUCUAAAGCUAUGUGUUUAUGAGAGGGAUUUCGAAAUAGGUUCCUUUAUCUCAGAAUCAGUGUUAACUUGUAUUAACGAAAGUAAAUAUGUAAUACUAAUAAUUAGUAAUAACUUCGCAAAAUCGCAGUGGUGUCGAUGGGAAACGCAGCUCGCCGAGUACCACAGGUUGUUUUUAGAAGACGGGACUGCAUACGAUCCUUUAGUGUUAGUGAAGAUUGGAAAUAUUGAGAGUAAAUAUUUAACUACAACUUUGAAAUACUUGUUGAAAACAAAGGUGUACCAUUCAUGGGACGAAAAUAAUACAGAAGACUUUUGGAAGAAGUUGCGAAAUGUUUUGGCAAGACAGAUAUGAUUGUGUUGAAGUAUAACUUAAGGCUAAAUAAAUUAUUUGU